CAGAGCCAGAGGUGGGUGCCCUCUCAGAGGCCAGCAGAUCAAUGGCUCUGCCCGGUGCCCUUGGCCUUGGGGCACUGCUGGCCCUGCCGGGGGCCCUGGGCUCCGGGGAUGGCACCGAGGACGGUGAGGGCUCCAGCUCUGUGACCAUUGUACUACUCCUUCUGCUCUUGCUGCUGCUUGUCACUGGCCUGGCCUUGGCCUGGCACCGCCUCAACCGUGACUCCGGAGGCUACUACCACCCGGCACGCCUGGGUGCUGCCUUGUGGGGCCAUACCCGCCGCCUGCUCUGGGCUAGCCCCGCAGGCCGCUGGCUUCGGGCCCGCACUGACCAGGGAUCCCCAGAGGACCCAGAGCUGCAGGAGGAUGAGCAGGACGCAGAAGAUGAUUUCAUGAUGGAUGGUGGCCCAGCGGGGACUAAACCCCGGGAAGAGGAGCAGCAGUGUGAAGCAGGCACCCAAGCAGCGCGAGCCCCAGAAGCACAGGAUACGGACAGCGAAGGCGGCCUGGACCUUGGCUCCCAGGGGCCAGUGGGCUCAGGCAGUAGUGCCGAGGCCCUUCUGAGUGACCUACAUGCUUUUUCAGGCAGUGCGGCCUGGGAUGACAGUAGUGGGGGAGCAGGGGCCCAGGGCCUCCAUGUCACCGCACUGUAGGAGCCAGCUUGGUGUCCUAUCCCUGCCCCAGCCUCUAACAAUGCCCGUGCAGCCAUGGUGGAACACAGCAUGCCCUGGACUUGUGGUCAUUCCACCCCCGCCAUGACUGUCCCCUCUAUCAGCUCCCAGUGCGUGUAUCCCCACCCCCUCCUGAGGGCCACCCAUCCCACAGGUACUGGGCAGCCAUUGGAAAUAAAACCCCUCAGGUCUGUGGUACGGCCCCUCCUCUCCCUAAACGGGCUGCUCCUAUGUCCUGGAGUUCAGCAAGA